AUGGCUAGCGAACGUGCGGUGUUUGCAAGAUGUCUGUCUUUAUUCGUGGCUUUUCAUUCUCUGUACUGUGGAAACGCUGUGAAUACGACGUUUGGUUUAGGAGCAAUGCUUUCCUCUCUGGACAACCAGAAAGUCUUCCAGAGUGCUGUGGAUAAAAUUAAUGCUAAUUCAAGCAGUCUUUUAAGGGGAGCGAUCUUGAAUGCAAGCUCCUACGUUUUAAACCCAAACCCUAUCCGUUCGGCAAUGGAUGUCUGCGAAAAACUGAUCGCUAAUGGAGUAGCGGUAGUGAUUGUUAGCCACCCAAGAGACGAACUCUCACCGCCGAUUUCUGUGUCGUACGCCUGUAGUUUCUACUGGAUUCCUGUCGUCGGGAUUUCAUCAAGAGAAACAAUCUUCUCAGAUAAGGUAUUUUUUUUCUGUUUAAGAGUAUUGUAUUUUUAAUUUGAAAUGGUUGUAUAAAGAAAUGGCAAAAAUAUGAUACAUUGAUAUUUAACGAAGAACAAUAUUGGAGUGACGACCAUCACAAGAAAAUAAUUCGUUACGCUGUGUUUUGAUAAUACGUUGUGAUUACUUGUAGAAGUUGCAAUCAUAUAUGGCCGAAGUAAUUAUCCUUUCUUUAGAAGCUAGAUAUACAGUUAGCCUCGUUUCUUCACUUCUUUAAUUUAGUAACGGCUUUAACAUUCUCAUUCAUUCAUUCAUUCUCAUUCUUCUCGAUGCUCGGUUUUUCAAGGAGAUGUAAAACAAUGAACUAAGCUUUUUAUACAGUAAUGUUUAGUAGAUUGUGUAUUAUUUAACUGAGGUGAUGAUUUUAUUCAUUACGUGGCUUUUUAUAUGGUACUUGGUAAUCAUGUGUAUGUUGCAGUUUGCCUAAUUUUGUUCAUGCAUGGUUUAUAAAGCUCCAGACUUAGGUUAUCAUACAACAUUACUUACCAUACCCCACAGUUACAAAAAAGAAAAGAAAUUAUUUUCAAAAAAAAUAGAAAAACAAUUGAACCAAAACAUAUACAUGUACAAUAGCCUCUAUAUGAGAAAGUCUAUAUGAUUAAUAAAACUCCAGAUGGAAUUUCUUGGCUUUUGAUAUAUAUCUAGGCACCCUGACAAAAAGGUUUCAAAACCUGGCUUUUACCUUUUUUUCAAAAUCACUCCACAUUUUCAUGACGGAAAUCACUAGAAAAUUGUUUUGAGUGUUAAAAUUUAGUAUAAUUUCUGAAAUGGUACAACUGUGAAUAAUUUUUGAUGAAAUUCAGCUUUAUUUAUCUUUUAUGCAGCUUUGCACCUCUAUAUUGUCUCUACUAUACACAAAAAAAUAAUGUGCAGGAAAACAAAGUUCUAAGCCAAACCAAGUGUAUUGACGGAGGGUUUCUGUGAGCUUUUAAAAAUAAAUUAUGUGGCUGAAGUUGAAUAGCCGGGACAUAAUUCAAAGCUAACAAUCCUUCCUUUUCAAGUACUAUUUUUGAUAAUAGCUUUCAAAUGUGCUCUUCUGUACAAACAAAAAUGGUGAAGUCAUCACUGGAUAUUGUCUUUCCUUUACUGAAUUAUGGUUAUAAAAUAUUACAUUAGAAAAUUCAGUGAACAGUUGUCUUGAUGUAGUUUUGUAAUACAUGUAUUUGCUUCCCCUAACUAAAAGAAUCAAAAUAUUAUCUCCAGUUUUAAAGAACAGUUACAACCAUAAUAAAAUAACAUAAUCAUGUUUGAAGAGGUGGUAGGAAGCCAUAGAUGUAGGUGACUUACCUGAUUGAUUAAGGAGUUUUUCAAUAUCAAUUUUUAGCAUUCAAGUUUGUCAUAUACAACAAAAAAAACAAACAAACAAACACAAACCAACAUAUGUUACUUUCACAGCUAUUUUAUUUAUAGCAUUGGCAUAAUAAUGCUACAAAAUAUUAAAAUAUGUAUUUUGACUGCUUAAUUUACUUAUAAAAUAAAUUACUUUAAUAACAUUUUUGGAUGGCCACAGUCCUUGGUAUAUAACUUAAUAUUUUUGGAUUUAUUUUAUGUUCUAUUUCAGUCUAUUCAUGAGUCUUUUCUGAGGACUGUUCCACCCUAUUCAGAUCAAGCUUAUGUGUGGCUGGGCUUGUUGAAGAAAUUUUCCUGGUCUAAGGUUAUUUUGCUGACAAGUAAUGACCAGGAUAGUCGCAUGAUUGCAACUAAGUUUACAGGCUUGGCUGAGAAGAAUAACAUUAAGGUGAAUUUGGAAGGCUAUUAAUAAUAACUCCUAUGUGUAGUUGCAUUGUUGAGACUCUGAUAAUUCCGAGCAAAGUGAGUUUAUAAUCUUGUUGCGUGUGAAGCAUGCGCACAGUGUGUGGAACGUGCAUGCAUCAUAGUGAGCUGCAAACUCACAGCGCCUAUACUUGUAUAUGUCUGAUGGUGUCCGCCAUGACGUCAUACAGUAGUUUGAAGUCACAUGUACAGUGCAUUUUUUGAUUCUAGGCAACAUUUGACUAAAAGCAAUUUCCCAUCAAUGACCAAAAUGCACUACAUUGAAAUUCAACGCAUUGCAACGAAGAAGGAAACAGCAGUAACAAACGGUGGAGCAGAGAAAACAUCACUCAAUGAAUGUUGAAUGCAAAAGUACUUUUAAGAGCAAAUGGGAGCAAUUUGGAUAAUUAGCCUUAAGAUAAUGAGUGAAAAUCACAGUUACAACAAAACACUUUUUACUCGCAGACAAUCAAGUUUAUACCAUAUCGCCUAAGUUUGGCUUCACUUCUUUAAAUGUGAUGAAAAGCAUACGUCGAAGGCUGAAUGGGCUAUUAACUUAGAGGCCAUGAGGGCAAGAGGAAUAAUUGUUUUAGUAAAAUCCAACUAGUUGGUCAAAAACAUUGAGAAUAAAAAAGUCUUAGCUACUUAAAGCUAGGCUUUAAUCCUUUUUUGCUUUUUGCUACUAGUGGGCUAUAAGAUAAUUAUAACCUAGUAGUAGCUCAACGAAUCAGAAUGCAGCAUUGAUAAUAGACCACUAGAUGGAUUUUACUAGUAAUAACCAAUAGAAAAUAAGAAUUAAAACAAUGGUAAAAUUAUACCAUAAAGCAUAUAAAAUGUAGGAAGGUUUCAACCCUGAAUAAUUUUUAUAUGCACAGUUGUAUAGAUAUUUCAUUAAUAUUAACCUGGAAUUUAUACUGUGAUUUUGUGAAGAUUGUGUUUAUUGGGAUCAAUAUUUCAUUCCUUUAUUUUUUUCCCUUGCAGAUAGAAAAAACUGUCAUGUUCCAGACAGGAUGCCUUAAUGUCACAUCACAGCUUGCAAAGCUGAAAAAAUUCCAGUCAAGAGUAAUCCUGUUUAGUGCCAGGUUUGUACCAUGA